GUGAAUGAUUCCAUUCGAUGGUUUGAAAUGCUGAAACUCACUUUAUGUGAGAACUUUGAAUACUGAACAAAAGCCCCGUCCAAGUUUGCUUCAUUUUUAAAUGUCUCAACCUUAUCUCAUACAAAUAAUAAAUCACAACUGCUACAUUUUUUUCAUUUAAACAAAAAACAUCAGAGUGAGUGGAAGCAGACUUUUCAAAAUUUGAAGAAGAAGAAGAAGAAGAAGACGAUGAAGAUGGUGAGUGAAGUCUGAAUUGAGAAUCGAAGGAAUUGCGAAGUGGAGAGAUCGAUCGGUGAAUGGAAGCGAUGGUGUGGGAGGGAGUCAUGGAACUCACCAAGUGGGCGCAGGAGAAGAAGACCGACCCUCUUCUGUGGUCAAUUCAGGUCAGCGCCGCCCUCAACUCCGCCGGCGUCUCCCUCCCUUCCGUCGACCUCGCACACCGUCUCGUCUCCUACAUCUGCUUCGACAACCACGUCCCCCUCGCCUGGAAGCUUCUCGAGAAAGCCAUGGCCGUCAGAAUCCUCCCUCCCUUGCUCGCCCUCUCCCUCCUCUCCACCCGCGUCCUCCCCCACCGCUACCUCCACCCCGCCGCCUACGCCCUCUACAUCGACCUCCUCAACCGCCACGCCUUCUCCCUCUCGUCCAACAUCCACUUCCCCAAUUACCCCAAGGUCAUGGCCUCCAUUCACCACUCCCUUCGCUUCUCCCAGCUCUACUCCUCCCACGACCCCCACCCCGGCCUCGUUCUCGUUCACCUUCUCUUCACCCUCGUCUCGCAGUUGCUCGAAGCUUCCUUGGACGACGAGGGACUUCUCCAACACAAGCCCAGAUGGAUUGCCAGAUUCCCCGAUUCUGAUGUCGACAACAUGCUCAUCGACGCCUCCCCCAACCACACCAAAGACACCUUGCACCGCAAAAACACUGCCAUGGCUAUUGAGACCAUCUCUUUCUUUCUUCACCACAAAGUCACUUCCAGAAUCCUCUCCCUCGUUCAGCGAAACAUGCCAGCGCAUUGGGGACCUUUUGUUCACCAGCUUCAGCGGCUUGCCGCGAACUCGACCGUGUUGAGGAGCUUGAAGCAGGUCACUCCUGACUCGCUUUUGCCUUUGAAUUUUAACUCCGCUCCUGGGAUUAGGGGUUUGUCUUCUGAAUGGAAAUCGACACCUAAGCUUGAACUCAGUGCCGUCAUGGCUGGCUCCUGCGCGGUUCAGUCUUGCAAUGAUAAUUGGUCUUCUCUUUGGCUCCCUAUUGAUCUUAUCCUUGAGGAUGCAAUGGAUGGAAAUCACGUGGCAGAAGCUAGUGCUGUUGAAGUUCUUACCGGGUUGGUUAAGGCUUUGCAAGCAGUUAAUGGUGCUGCAUGGCAUUGUGCUUUUUUAGGUUUAUGGAUUGCAGCACUACGGCUAGUUCAAAGGGAGAGGGAUCCAAGCGAGGGUCCAGUGCCUCGCCUUGAUACCUGCUUGUGUAUGUUAUUGUGCAUUACAACCCUUGUAGUUACUAACCUUAUUGAAGAAGAGGAAGGGGAACUCAUUGAAGAAGCUGAACGUAGCCCUACAAAUCAAAGGAUGGACAAGCAGGCUUUGGGAGAGCGUCGUGGGGAAUUGGUUAUCAGCUUACAGCUAUUGGGUGAUUACGAAGAUUUACUCACUCCGCCACAAUCUGUUAUUUGGGGAGCCAAUCAGGCUGCUGCCAAGGCUACAUUGUUCGUAUCAGGACAUAGUGGAUACUUGGAAUAUACGAAUGUGAAUGACUUGCCCACCAACUGUUCGGGUAACUUAAGGCAUCUGAUUGUGGAGGCUUGUAUAGCAAGGCAUCUGCUUGAUACCUCCGCGUAUUUCUGGCCUGGUUAUGUUAGUGCACCUUUCAAUCAGCUGCCUCAUAGUAUUCCUAACCAUUUACCUAGCUGGUCAUCAUUAAUGAAGGGAUUACCACUGACUCCUCAAUUGGUUAAUGUCUUAGUUGCAACUCCUGCUUCUAGCUUAGCAGAGAUUGAGAAAAUAUUUGAAUUUGCAAUCAAUGGCUCGGAUGAAGAAAAGAUAUCUGCUGCUACCAUUCUUUGUGGGGCAUCUUUAGUACGUGGUUGGAACGUGCAGGAACAUAUUGUUUUUUUCAUAGUAAAGAUGCUUUCACCUCCAGUUCCUCCUAAAUAUUCUGGGACUGAAAGCUAUUUGAUCAACCAUGCUCCUUUGUUGAAUGUUCUUCUGAUUGGAAUUUCAUCCGUAGACAGUGUUCAGAUAUUCUCCCUACACGGUGUGGUUCCGUUACUUGCUGCUGUGUUGAUGCCAAUAUGCGAAGCUUUUGGAUCAUCUGCUCCUAAUGUCUCAUGGACUGCUGUUACUGGUGAAAAACUCACUUGUCAUGCAGUGUUCUCUAAUGCAUUUAUUCUCCUGCUGAGACUAUGGCGGUUUAAUCAUCCACCUGUUGAGCAUGUGAUGGGUGGUGCAGCAACUCCAGCAUUAGGAUCACAGUUAGGUCCUGAGUACCUUUUAUUGGUUCGAAAUUGUAUGUUAGCAUCCUUUGGGAAAUCACCAAGAGAUCGAGUAAGUUGCAGAAGAUUUUCAAAAAUGAUAACUUUUUCUUUAGAGCCUUUGUUUAUGGAAUCCUUUCCAAAAUUAAACAUUUGGUAUCGGCAACAUCGAGAAUGUAUUGCAUCCACCUGCUCUACUCUUGCACCCGGAGGGCCAGUUUCUCAGAUUGUUGAAGCGCUACUAAGCAUGAUAUGCAAGAAAAUAAAUCGAAGUGCUCAGUCAUUGACGCCUACAACUUCAGGAAGCAGUAAUUCAUCUUGCUCUUCACUGGAUGAUGCUCUGAUGAAACUCAAAGUGCCUGCAUGGGACAUCCUUGAAGCAACUCCAUUUGUUCUUUAUGCUGCUCUUACUGCUUGUGCACAUGGAAGACUCUCUCCCCGUGAAUUGGCUACAGGUCUCAAAGAUCUGGCUGAUUUUCUUCCGGCAACUUUGGGAACUAUUAUAAGCUACUUGUCAGCUGAAGUAACACGAGGCAUUUGGAAGCCUGCUUUUAUGAACGGAACUGAUUGGCCAAGCCCUGCUGCAAAUUUAUCCAUUGUUGAGCAACAAAUCAAGAAAAUUUUAGCAGCCACAGGUGUUGAUGUCCCUAGUCUUGCUAUAGCAGAUGGUAAUGCUCCACCUGCACUUCCUUUGCCAUUGGCAGCUUUUCUGAGUCUCACAAUAACAUAUAAACUGGAUAAAACUUACGAGCGUUUCGUUGUUUUGGCUGGACCAUCUUUGAUUGCACUUUCUUCUGGUUGCCCCUGGCCAUGUAUGCCCAUUGUUGGUGCUUUGUGGGCUCAGAAGGUGAAGCGUUGGAGUGACUUUUUUGUAUUCUCUGCUUCUGCAACUGUCUUCCACCACAGUAGGGAUGCUGUAGUUCAGCUCUUAAGAAGUUGCUUCACUUCCACCCUUGGACUUGGUUCUGCCUGUAUUUAUAACAACGGUGGUGUUGGCACGCUCCUUGGUCAUGGCUUUGGUUCUCACUUCUACAGAGGGAUCACUCCGGUUGCUCCUGGGUUUCUCUACUUAAGAGUUCACCGGUCUAUUAGAGAUGUCAUGUUUUUGACGGAGGAAAUUGUAUCUCUUUUAAUGCUUUCCGUUAGAGAUAUAGCUAACAGUGGGUUGCCCAAGGGUGAAGUGGAGAAGCUAAAGAAGACCAAGUAUGGGAUGAGAUACGGGCAGGCUUCUCUUGCUGCAUCAAUGACACGUGUAAAGCAUGCUGCUCUUAUUGGGGCUUCGUUUCUUUGGAUAUCUGGUGGUUCAGGUUUGGUUCAAUCUUUGAUUAUAGAAACUCUACCUUCCUGGUUUUUGUCAGCGCAAGGGUUAGAGCAGGAAGGGGCAGAACCUGGAGUUGUUGUAGCGAUGCUGAGAGGUUAUGCACUUGCGUGUUUUGCUGUACUUGGUGGGACGUUUGCCUGGGGUAUCGACUCUUCAUCACCAGCAUCAAAACGACGACCAAAGGUUCUUGGGAUUCAUUUAGAUUUUCUUGCAAAUGCACUGGAUGGAAAAGUAUCUCUUCGCUGUGAUUGUGCAACCUGGCGUGCGUAUGUGUCAGGGGUUAUGAGCUUGAUGGUGAGCUGCACGCCACUGUGGAUCCAGGAACUUGAUGUUGGUAUAUUGAAAAGAAUGAGCAACGGAUUAAGACAGCUGGAUGAAGAAGACUUGGCUCUGCGCCUACUAGAAAUUAGAGGGACAAGCGUCAUGGGCGAGGUAGCUGAAAUGAUCUGCCAAAGUAGAUAAUAACCGACCAGAACUCGGGAAGGAGCAUGGUGCAUAUGUGACGGUAAUACCAAUACCUAACGAAGUUUACACUCAUUUCAGGGGGAAAUGGAACUUCAUUUCAUUUGCUAGUUGCUACCAUUUCUGUACAUAGCAAUGUAAAUUUCAUAAUUUUGUAUUAUCCCAUUGAAUUUAGAGCAGUUACGUUUAGGUAGCAGUAUGAACCUUUGAUCAUAAAAUGUAUUACAGCGAAUAUUGUCUUAAUGUGUACUUGUAACAUUAACAGAUUCAUGAAGAAUUUUUUAACACUUGUAUUUCCUGAAAA